GUUGUUGCUAUAGCAGUGGUAUGGUUGUUUUGUAAGACUGGAGAAGAGAAAACGUCAGCCUCGAUUACACAACAAGAAGUUCAAUUAGAGGUUCGUGUAGAGAACAUCCGGAAUCCUGAGGACUACAUGCGGAGCCUGAGGACUUCAUCGAACAGAUAGCACGCAAGUCAGGAUGGCCUGCUGAAGGGUGCGGAGCCAGGUGUCAGCUCCAUGUCCAAAAUGAUCCUCAACGACUGGCAGCGAGGCAAGAUCCCAUACUUCGUCCGGCCACCAGAGUCACAGGAUCACAGCAGAGCUGAGACAACAGACACACCAACACCUACACCAGAGGUCAAGGGGAAGGCCAGUAGGAAGAAGCAGCCGAAGGUGAUGCAGGAUCUUAAAGAGGAUCCCUGUGGUGCCAACAUUCAGGAGGAUGGUGGGAGCAGUGCAGAGGAGGAGGACAGUGAAGGGGAGGGCAGUGUUGGAGAAGACAGUGCUGGGGAGGACAGUGAUGAAGAUGUGGCAGUGGAUGAGACUAAAGGAGAACAGAAUCAAUCAAGUGAGGAAUCUUGUACAGUUCUGGACAAGUCCUCCUCUCAUGCUGCCAAGGACAAUGUGAGGGCAGCUGGCAGGAAGAAGACACAGAGAUCAUUGGCAAAUCGAAGGGAAUCCAAAGAUAUGAAAUCUGAAUCUGGGAAGCUGGAGAAGAAGCAAGUGGGGCAGGAGCCAGCAGGGUCUGAAGUCAACAGUGUGGCCAGCGGGAAGUGGACUGUCACAGCUCUUCCAGCACAGACGAGUACUGAUCGCAGGAAACCAGCUCAGACGGGGGAAGGCUGUCUUUACGAACUGAAGGAGACGUCAGCAGUGACUUGUGUCGACGUGGUAGACCCUGGAAAACGGGGACAGAAAAAGCAAACCAAGAAACGAAAACUUCAGGAGGAGUCUCCGCAACCAAUGAACAGUAAACAGCGCCGACGUCUAGAGCGGGAUUCCAGGAAACAGAAGAUCGGUGUUCACUUCUACUCCAAUGUAAAGAACCGUAGCUACCGGUAGAGUUGAGGACUAGAGAUUCCUGUAUUAUUGCGGGGUGUACCAUAUGUAUGUCAAUAAAACUGGUUUUGUUA